AUGGUGUCUUUUUGGCCUUGGAAGGGCGAUGUCUCUUCCCCGUCCUCUUUCGAGAAGACCCUCUCGACUCUUUCCAACAAGAUCACAACCACCCAAACCCAACUUGACCGAGCGCGAUCCCGUGCCCGUCGCAUCAAAGUUCUCUGGACUCUCUACCUCGCCUUCGCUUACCUGGUUUACGCCGUUGUCUUGACCUUAGUGGUCGGGUGGCAGAAUCUUGGCCCGUGGGAAUGGACUGGAAUGGCUGGCGGCCCUGUGUUCAUCUAUCUCGUCAGGACCCUUACCAAUGCCUACUUCAGCUUUCGCAUCGAUACACUUGAGUCUCGUCUCAAAGACUACCAAACCGAACGCGCCAAGACGAUUCAAAGGCUAAAAGAUGCUACCAAAUACGACUCCACCCUACAGUUGCUGGAGAAGUAUGGAGGUUCUGGAGAGAAGCGCGUUCCACCUAGAAAACAGACGAUGGAGAGCGAAAACCUCGACAGCGAGCAGAGAAGAGGGGGCAAUAAGAAAUCACGACAAGGUACAGAUUCCGAUAUUCCUAGCUCGAGAAUCAACAUUCCCCCUCCGCCAACCGCCAACAUCCAAAGACCGCCUCAGCCUCCUAUUCUAGGAGCCGUGGAGUCUCGCCCGGGCUCUUCUCGUCCGGGCUCUUCUCGUAUACCCAACCAUCACACACCACACCCAAACCAGCAAUCUAUGGAAGAAUUCGCGCCUAAUGCUGGCCCACUUCCGCCAUCGUAUUCCCAUUAUGAUAUUAAUACAGGUUCACACCACUGGUAUGACCGCAUCAUGGACCUCAUGCUCGGUGAAGAUGAGAUGGCACCUAAAAAUCGCAUCGUAUUAAUAUGUCAAAAUUGUCGCCUGGUGAACGGACAAGCCCCUCCGGGGACGCAGUCGUUGUCGGAGUUGGGCAGAUGGAGAUGUAUGUCCUGCGGAGCAUCAAAUGGAGAAAUAGAUGAGGGUAAGAAGAUCAUUCGAGAGGUUCUCCGAUCAAACGAACCAGGUACUGCACUGGGAGGCGAGGACCGCGAUAGUGAUCUAUCAAGCGACUUGAUUAAAGGCGAGAAUGGCAGCUCCGAUGCCGGGGAUACGGAUGGAGGAGAGGCGUCCACUGCCACGCAGCAAUCGAGCCAGAGGCAUCGCACUAAAAAAUCACAAAUGGUUCCAUAA